AUGGCUUCAACAAGCACCAGUCCACAAGAUGAGCGCCCAACAACCGUCCUCGAAUUUCCUACUCCUGACACCACUAUAAUGCCAAGUCUCCCAUGUAUCCCCUGCCUCAACCAGCAGCUCGACUCGUGGAACAUGGAUACUGCGUUCUGUCCCGUGAGAUAUCGCUAUUACGAGGCCAACGAGCGGGAAUACCUCGCUAUCCACGCAGUCCCUCCUGGCUGCGCCCAUAUGUUGUGUGAGCUCCUAGGUCUAGUCCAGUACCCAAACAUGCUCUGGCAGAACACCGGACCCCCUACGAACCCGAACUCCUUCGCGCGGUCGCCCUCAGUAUCCGGUCCCUCGUCCAAGACUUUGUCCACGUGGUCACCGCACACCGGCGUAUAUAGCCCGCUCGAGGAUACCAUGCGCCAGUACCGCACCCGCUUCUUCGAGGCCCGAGGUCGGAUACCAGAUGAGUACAGCCAGAUCAGUGCGAGACCCCACACCGGAUACCCCGGCAUUCUUUACGCCCGCUCAUUCGCCCACCCCGGGCACGCGCGCUCAUUAUUGACAGAGUUUUCCAUUGCGCGAUCCCCGACUGAUAGUACGCGCGCUCGCUCAUUAUUAACAGAGUUUUCCAUUGCGCGCGCGGAAUCCCUCACCUAUAUAUUCUACUCCAAUUCCCUCCUCUCGCUUACUCCUCUCUCUACUCCUCUCACUUACCACCUGCCACACUCCUACCCACGUUCGAAAGCUCCACUUAAGAGUCUCACCUGCUCAAACCUUACUCCACCCGAUCUACUCUCGUCUGGGCCCACCAUCGUGUUUGCGAUGCCUCUCCCGGAGAUGUCCGACUCCAUGGCUGAAGCCGUCGCACUCCUCGCCGCCACCAAGGACGUCCUGCUAGGAGUCUUAGGCGUUGUCGUCGUCGCCAAGGACUUCCUCGACAAAGUGAAGGAGAUUGUUACGGCCGCCAAGGAAGUGGUCACCGCCAUCAGAGAGCUGGUUGUCGCCGUUCGAGACCUUUUCCAGGACGUUCAAUGGGCGCAAUGGAGCGAGAACCUUCGAUGCGAUCUCCAAUGCGUUGAACAAUCAAUUCCCUUUGAUAUUGUUGAUUUCUACUGGAGAUUAGGAACAGCAAGACAGAUUCAAUCGAUACGAAAUAUACUCGAAUCUAUAAUGGUCUCCCUCCAUGAGAUAAAAAGAUAG